ACUGCGUGUUUAAACCUGACUUUUGAGAAUGGAGACGGUCGGUGUGGUUUUAUUGAUGUGUCGCGUUAUGUAAACAAGGAAAGAUAUAGAUCCUAUCAGGUCAACUGAUUGAUAAUAUGAGUGUAACGAAAAACGAGAAGAAGGAUUCGCUGUAAUUAUAGACAUGCUUUGCUCCUGACCCAACAGUCUUAUUUUAAAGAUGUCUCAAUUUUUCAAAGAUCACAAACUCUUUUCAAAGACCCGGGUGGAAUUAAACGGUGAAAUUAGAACUGAAUUCCGAGGCGAUAUUUCAAGUGAGGAAGUUUUAAAGGGGCAAGUUGUUGCCCUUUAUUUCUCGGCAUCUUGGUGUCCACCGUGCCAGAAGUUUACGUCAGUACUAAAUGAAUUUUACAAAGAGUUAAAGGAGAAAGGGUGUGAUUUUCAAGUCGUGUUUAUAAGUUUAGAUCAUAGUAAAGAUUCAAUGGAGGAAUAUUUUAUUCAAAAUCACGAAGAUUGGUUGGCGUUACCCUAUGAUGACACUUUUAAAGAAACUCUACUCAAUAAGUACCAUAUAACAGCCAUACCAAAAUUAGUUGUCAUCAAAGAAGAUGGUGAUACAGUAACGCUGAAGGGGAGGAAAGAUAUACAGGAUAAAGGAAUUAACUGUUUUAGAAACUGGUUAAAUAAUUCACACAUAAAUAGCGCAGAAAAGGCCAACGCUACAAAGUCACCAGAGGCGAUAACCGGUACUAAUAAUGAAACAGGGGACGUUACUCCUAUAGGCACAGCUACACCAACAGAGACAGAUCAGUUAGAUAAUAUUGUGGAUAGUGAUAGUGAAUAUGGUAAGGAUAUUAUAGAAAUCAAAGAUGAAGCGAUUGAAAUUAAAGACCAAAUUAUAGAAAACAGUUACCUGAUAUCAACAUAAAAAAAGAUACAAACCAAGGGGAAUAUGUCAGAAACAUUGAUAUAGUGGACGAUCGAUGAUAUUUUAUUCACCAAUUAAAAAUUUGUACCAAUCAUUCGAACUUAUAUUUAUCCUCUGAUAUUAAAGAUACCUUCCCAUGUUCAAACUGAUGAUAUAUUUGGACUAAAAACAUAUUCAAACUAAUUAAUCUUUCAGGAAAUACCCCUAUUUUAAAUAGUCAUUUUUGUGUUACGUGACUUGGCGGUCUAGGAAACUAGCUACAGGUGCCAAACCGGGGGAGAAUUCAGAAUUUAUUGCAUAUAAAAGAUGGCGUUGUCUUUAAUCGCUGUCCAUUUACCAUAAAUAUGAAAGCCUGGGUAAAUUCUCGGAUUAUCCCCUGUCCAAGUCUUUUUCCGCGUUUUAUCUCAGAAACUGUUAUACGUUUUAAAAGUGUCUCACUUUUUCCAUGUCCACUCACCAUUAAGUUUAUCAACAUAAUAAGCUCUCCCUUAUAUAGAACGGAAAUAGGUCAGACAUCUACGCGGGCAACCGUUGAAGUCACUCAAGUAGACAAUCCUAAUCGGUGGGCUGCCAAUUGGUGACACCCUCUCAUUUUUGUUCUGAGUGUUCCCCGUGGUUGUUUUUUCAGGGAAUCUAGUAUUUUUCUAGUAAGAUUGGGUGUCUCUACUUUUAAUUGCCAUACUUUUAUUGGAAAUAAACACCCGAUAAAUACUUUUGUGGGAAUGAAUCUUUAAAGGGAUGUCCGACAGUGAUUAACGGUAAACGUUAGCUUGGUCGGCCAUUUAUUGGCUUAAUUUUAAAUGGGCGACUGUUUAAAUCCAAGCUGUAUCCGAGCCAUCCGAAGGUCUACAGAGUUGAUUUUGAGCUUGUCAUGUAAAUAAAGGUCUAAUUAACAAUUUCUGAAGCCUAAUAAAGACCUGU